AACUACAGCCCCAGCAGCUCCCGGGCGGCGCCACGUCCGCUCCGCUGGGUGAGGCCGGGCUCCGGCAGGGCCGGCGGGGUCUGCAGGGUCGGGGGUUCGUCACCGCAGUUCUGCCCCUCACAACGCAGACAUGGCGGCCCAGAAAGACCAGCAGAAGGAUGCCGAGGCUGAAGGGCUGAGUGCCACGACCCUGCUGCCGAAGCUGAUUCCAUCCGGCGCAGGCCGUGAGUGGCUGGAGCGGCGCCGCGCGACCAUCCGGCCCUGGGGCACCUUCGUGGACCAGCAGCGCUUCUCGCGGCCCCGCAACCUGGGUGAGCUGUGCCAGCGCCUCGUACGCAACGUGGAGUACUACCAGAGCAACUAUGUGUUCGUGUUCCUGGGCCUCAUCCUGUACUGCGUGGUGACGUCCCCCAUGUUGCUGGUGGCUCUGGCCGUCUUCUUUGGCGCCUGUUACAUUCUCUAUCUUCGCACGUUGCAGUCCAAGCUUGUGCUCUUUGGCCGAGAGGUGAGCCCGGCCCAUCAGUACGCUCUGGCCGGAGGCAUCUCCUUCCCCUUCUUCUGGCUGGCCGGUGCGGGCUCGGCUGUCUUCUGGGUGCUGGGAGCCACCCUGGUGGUCAUUGGCUCCCACGCUGCCUUCCACCAGAUCGAGCCUGUGGACGGGGAGGAGCUGCAGAUGGAGCCCGUGUGAGGCGUCCCCAAGGACCCGUCGGCCCCCUGGGCCAGCUGCCCGACCCCCUGUCCUGCAUGGCUCCGCUGCUCCGGCCCAUGGUGCCUGUCCCAUCACAAGCCCAGGGAGGGAUUCCACCUUUGAAAAUAAAGCUGUUACAGUUGUCAUUCAG